AUGGAACAGCCGCGCAAUGUCGAUAAUGCUCUCCGCGCAGGGAUUCUGUUUCGCAACAGUCCUCACCCGAUUGUGCGUAUAUUCAAUCUAUGUGGCCGCGCUCAAAUGCAUGUGCUUGGCUCGACCAAUUCCUCUGUGCCGCCUACAUCAUUCAGCUCCUCACAUCUCGAUGUGGUUGCAACUCCGCCGUUGAAAGCUCCUCGGAUAUAUUGUCCCCCAGAGGCAAAUUUGUCUGUCCAAGUGAUCAUGUAUCACCGACCGCAUCCUACGCGCAUGGAAUACAUGUCACUCUAUCCGAUUUCACUGGCCCUUGGAGACAAGGCCACGAGAACCGAAAGUCUUGGUCCAUCCUCUGACAAGAAUGAGCCAGACGAAGGCGGCAAGACUGGAUCCAAGGGCUUGGUUGAGAAGCUCAAACUCCACUCGGUGGUGAAACAUGUUCCAUCGCAGAAGGAACAGGCUUUACCGCUGAUCAUCAACCAAGUCAACUGUGCGUAUGAAAUGUCCCAGCUCAUGCACAAGAACAGUCAUUUGAUCGGUAUUCGUGCCAAACGGAGCAUGAGUGUUGGUGAGCGUGUGGUGGAGUCGGCGACUACACUGUGGGGGUUCAUUGUCCUCUGCAUUGCUCACGUCUUCUGGGAAUGGAUCUGGCCUGUCGUAACGCGGGUCUUCGUCAUGGGCCUGGUAUGUCAUCGCUCAGUUGCGGAGGUUGUCCUGCAAUUCCUUGAGUGGCGCGCUCGGCCUGAUGCUGCUGCUCUCAAGGAUAUCUCGGCAACCGCCCAACAAGUGGACAUACGCUUACAACAGUUCUGCUACUGGCCGAUCCAGUAUGUCAAGCUUCGACAGAGAAAGGAUAACUGGGAGAGCGUGACGACCAGUCAUCCGGAUUACAUCCGGUUCUACAACAGUCUGUGGCUUGUUGCCAAUGAUGUGAUCAUUGGAAUCGCCAUGGGAUCCUAUAUCAUUGACAAUGCGAACUGGGUUGCUUCGCAAAUCAACACUGUCCUGACUGGCUGGACUGUGGAAGGACUCCAGCGUACCAUCUCCUGGCUAAUGGACUGGCCCGCCGGCCUGAAGCUCAACAACGAGCUCGCAGCCUUCCUCGGUGACUUGUUCCUCUGGGUCAUUGAGAAUUGGGCAGCCUGUAUCGCCAAUCUCCAACCUUUCCUCCCCACCGUCAUCUGGCUAGUUGGAUGUUCAAGCUUUGCAGGAGCCAGCAUGCCGAUUGCAAUCUUCUCCGACCUCCUUUCAAUCCUUACAGUCCACAUUUACUCCUUCUACAUUGCCUCCGCAAGGAUAUUCAACUGGCAACUCACCAUCAUCAUUUCCCUUUUCCAUCUUUUCCGCGGAAAGAAACGCAACGUCCUCCGCAACCGAAUAGACUCAUGCGACUACGACCUAGACCAACUUCUCCUCGGCACUAUUCUUUUCACCGUCCUUUUCUUCCUCCUCCCAACCGUCGUGGUCUUCUACCUGACCUUCGCAUCCGCCCGGAUGUUAAUCAUCACCAUGAAAGCAGGUUUCGAUACCUGUCUCGCAUUCCUGAAUCACUUCCCCCUCUUCGCACUAAUGCUUCGCGUCAAAGACUCCCGGCGUCUGCCGGGUGGUAUUCGCUUCGAACUCCGCGAGGAGCCAAACAAAGGCUCUCCUACCGCAGACUCAUCUGCACUGGUUUCCUAUAUCCACCUGGAGUCCAUACCACUUCCGCUACGUGCAAUGUUCGACCAAUACUUCCAGCUUGGUCAUCGUCUUCGGAAACAUUACCUCGCUCCUAGAGUCAUCUUCUGCCUUGUGACUGGCCGCUUCGUGCCUCCUAUCCACCGCCGCAAUCUAUACAGCAUGCAAUAUAGCAUGCUUCCAGCCCGCCGGGCUGGCAUGGCAGAGGUGUGGUCAUUGCUCACGCAGCCGAAGAAAACCAGCAGCGGGAGUAGCGGCACCGGCUCUAUGGGCGGAGGCAUAGUCCCAGGUAAUCCAGUGCCCAGGGUUCCUCCAAACUUUGGGCAGGGCGAUCCGCGGAGAAGAGGGCACCGCUGA